AUGACCUCUGUGAAAUCGGCCUUCUGCGGUCCCAAGUACAAGAUCAUCCUGGUGGGGGACAGCGGGGUGGGCAAAACUUCUAUCUUCUGCCAGUACAUCCACAACGAAGUCUCGCUGGACCAUCCGAUGACCACCAUCGACUUUCGUUACAAGAUGAUCAAAUUGCACGACAAGAUAGUCAAACUCUGCAUCUGGGAUACUGCAGGCCAGGAGAAGUUUCGGUCCAUCGUCGCCACCUACUUCAAGUCCUGCCAGGGACUUGAUGCUGGAGCUGUCGUUGUUCUUCAACCUCAGCGCCUUCUUGGCAGUAAGGUCCUCGGAGCUGACCAGGUAGAGCUCCUUGUUCUUGCAGAGCAGCAGCAGGACCUGGUACUGUUCUUCAGCUUCCUUCUUCUCCUGCUCGUUCUUCUCGGGCUACUGCAAAUCUGCGAUGAAGGGGACUGGGGUGCUGAAGAUGUUGUCGAUAUCCAUGCCUCUGAAGUAGGGGUGGGAUUUGAGUUUGGCGAAGUUGAGAUCCUCCCUCGUGCAGGAGCCCAGUCUUUCGUCGGGGUUCUUGAGCAGCAGGCGCUUGAUGAGGUCGAUGGCUUCUUCAGUGAUCGAUUCGUUCUGCGAUAG